GUGAGCGGACCAAUCAGAUUGUCGGACGGCGCUCCGUCAACAAACAAUAGAUCGAGGCUAGCUGAGUUCAUCACCGCGAUGCGUCUCCGCUAGCGUCACUUCUUACUCCGCUCCCCGCUCCUCCUGUCCUCCAGCUCCUCUCCUCCAGACCCGCUCCCCGUCUCUGAGUCUCCAUCUGUGUGUUUCCAUCGUUCCAGCCGCGUUCUGACCGCGUUAGCCGCGUGUAGCUCCCCGGCUAACGGAGCUAGCUUCAGCGUUAGCUUAGCAUGUCCGGGCAGUCGUCGGGCUGCGGGUUCCUGCUGUCGGUCGUCGUCCACGGGGACUCGGCUCUGAACGAGCAGGAGAAGGAGCUGAACCAGCGGCUGCGGAGGCUGUACCCGGCCGUCAGCGAGGCCGAGACGCCGCUGCCUCGAUCCUGGAGCCCGAAGGACAAGUUCAGCUACAUCGGCCUGUCCCAGAACAACCUGCGUGUGCACUACAAAGGUCACGGCAAAACCCCUAAAGAUGCGGCGUCUGUACGGGCCACCCACCCGAUCCCGGCCGCCUGCGGCGUCUACUACUUCGAGGUGAAGAUCAUCAGCAAAGGCCGAGAUGGGUACAUGGGCAUCGGCCUCUCGGCUCAGGGCGUGAACAUGAACAGACUCCCCGGUUGGGACAAACACUCGUACGGUUACCACGGAGACGACGGACACUCCUUCUGCUCGUCCGGCACCGGGCAGCCCUACGGACCCACGUUUACAACGGGCGACGUGAUCGGCUGCUGCGUGAACCUCAUCAACAACACCUGCUUCUACACAAAGAACGGCCACAGCCUAGGCAUCGCCUUCACAGACCUUCCACCCAACUUGUACCCGACGGUGGGCCUUCAGACUCCGGGGGAGGUGGUGGACGCAAACUUCGGCCAGCACCCCUUCGUGUUCGACAUCGAGGACUACAUGCGCGAGUGGAGGACGAAGAUCCAGGCCCAGAUCGACCGCUGCCCCAUCGGAGAGCGCGAGGGCGAGUGGCAGUCCAUGAUCCAGAAGAUGGUGGCUUCCUACCUGGUGCACCACAGCUACUGUGCCACCGCCGAAGCCUUCGCCAAAUCCACAGACCAGGCCGUGCACGAGGAGCUGGCCUCCAUCAAAAACCGACAGAAGAUCCAGAAGCUGGUGUUGUCAGGUAGAAUGGGCGAGGCCAUCGAGACCACCCAGCAGCUCUACCCCAACCUCCUGGAGAGGAACCCAGACCUUCUCUUCAUGCUCAAGGUGAGACAGUUCAUAGAGAUGGUGAACGGGACGGACAGCGAGGUGAGGUGUCUCGGAGGUCGCAGCCCAAAGUCUCAGGACAGUUACCCCGGCUCCCCCCGGCCCUUCAGCAGCCCCAGCCACAAAGCCAGCAGCUCCCAGCCUUACAUCCCAGGGUUUGACAGUAACUGCUGUAAUGGUGUGACGUCUAAUAAGAGCCACAGCUCCUCCCCUCACAGUCACAAGCCCCUCCCCCCAGGCUCUGGCUCCACCCUGCCAGCGUCUGAUGUUAGCCUCAACGGGAGCCACAGCCAACCGCCCAUAACCAGUAGCGACGUGGAUAUGGAGGUUGACCACUUCACCAACGGAGUGACAGAAUCGUCCUCCAAUGGUUUCCUCAACGGCAGCUCCAAACACGCCACCGAGCCCGACGACUGUGACGCGGACAUGGAGGUGGAGUCGACUCAGUCCAAGAGGCAGCUGUGCGGCGGGAGCCAGGCGGCCAUCGAGAGGAUGAUCCAUUUCGGCAGGGAGCUCCAGAGCAUGAGCGAACACCUCCGCCGCGAGUGUGGCAAGAACUCCGCCAACAAGAAGAUGCUGAAGGAUGCGUUCAGCCUGCUGGCCUACUCGGACCCCUGGAGCAGCCCGGUGGGCUACCAGCUGGACGCCAUCCAGAGAGAGCCCGUCUGCUCCACUCUCAACAGUGCAAUAUUAGAGACUCACAACCUGCCCAAGCAGCCCCUGGCCCAGGCCGUGGGUCAGGCGGCCCAGUGCCUCGCCAUCAUGGCACGGACUGGCAGCGGCUCCUGCGCCUUCGCCUCCGUGGACGAUUACCUGCACUAGCCCCACGUGUACACACACACACACACACACACACACACACACACACACACACACACACACACACACACAUACAUACACAC